UAAAAAAUUUUGAAUCAUCUUAAAUUUGCAAAUUCCUCAUGCAAAACUUUUUUUCGCACGAAUCGAUGAAAAUUUUGAUAAUUAUCUCUAAAUUUAAAUAUUUUUAAAAAUUAAAUUUAAAAAAAUAUAUAUCAUAUCUUUAAAAAUGAUUUUAACUAUCAGUAUUAUCUCUUAAAGUUUUAUUAAUAAACAUAUUUAUACUUAAGUCUCAAGUGUAUCAACAAGAACAUCAGUAAAAUAAUUAAAAAUUUCUUUAUUCUAAUCAUGGUAUGAAUAUUUCGUGACAAUCGCGCGUGGACUCAACGAAAGUACCUUUAUUGAAUAAAUGGGCUAGUGAUAUUUAUGAAUUAUGAUUAAUUAACUAAUGAUAUAAAUGUAAACUUGAUAGAGAGAAAGAGACUGGAUGUCUGUGCGUGCUAGUAUCAACUGGCAACUAAAACGCAUAGUGGAGUAAAAAGAAAAAAAUACAAAACAAAAAGAUUCUCUUUGGAUUUUUUCUUAAAAUAAAUUUGAAUUUUGUACACUCAAUUUAUAAAAUAAAUAAAAUACGAUAAUCAAUCAUGGAUAAAAAACAAACCAAAAAUUUUUUUAAGAGAAUCUAUGAUGAAAUAAAAAAAUAAAAAUCGUCGUCAAUUUAAUUAUUGCGGCGUUUGUACAUUUUACUAUAUAUUUUUUUGUGCCAGAUGAUAAUGAGUAAUAAUAUGAAAAAAGGUGAAAGUAAUUUUUUGAAUGAAAGAAAUUAAUGAUGAAGUAAAGACAAGUAAUCAACAGAGUGAUGGAGCGUGAGAGAAAAAGAAAGAGAACAAGAGUGAUAAUAAGUGUGAUAAAUGAUAAUAAUGAUAUUUAAAUAAAUAUUUAUCAGUUUGUAUUUGCGUAAUUUAUGAUAAAUUACAAAUGCCUGCGUAUCGUUCGAUUCAUUGAAUAUGAUGUACCUGUGGAGUCAAAAAAUGUGUGUCAAAAAAAAAAUGAAUAUGAUUGAAAAAAAUGAAAAAAAAAAUAAUUGGAAUAAAUGAGGGUGCUGUCUAAGAACGACAUUUUAGUCUAUAUAUCUAUGAAUCCAAAUAAUGAAAAGUCUGAUAAAAAAAACAACAAGAAUUUCGGUAUAAUGAUAAUAAUAAUUAAGUAAUAAUAUAUAAUUAUGUAUAGAGCUUAAAUAGUUUACAGGUGAAAAUGAUGAUAGUGCAUUUAAUAAAUUUAAAUGCCUGAUUUAUCCUCAUCUACGUGAAGUCCCAUGUAACUAGUGACAUACUCUGUGUCACCGGUGUCCUCAAUCCUCUUCUAAGUACCCUUAACCCAAUUGAAUUACCCCCGACAACUUGGGUAAUCAUACAUCGUCAUCAUUCAUCCCCCAACACCGCUCACAUCGGAAACCCGUUACUUUUUGUGCUGGAUCUUUCAAGUGAUACUUGGAUUCAAGUGGUAUCAAAUUUUAGUAUUAGUAUCAAUAACACUAGUAUAUAUCUAUCUAUGAUUAUAUAUUACAUAUUGAUUAAAUAAAUAUUAAUUAUCAGUAUCCUUGAGAGUAUCGUGUGUUGUAUAUAAAGUGCAUCAUUGGUAACAAAAAGACAGAGAUUUAACGAUGCAACAACUCACGUGACACGUUUGUACGGAAUCUUUAUUUUCGUAUCCACUUGAAUCAGAGCGCGUUAAGAUAAACGGUCGAGUAUGUAUGGAUCUGAUGAUAACCCAUCUUCGACGGGUCCUGAUAAUCAGUCGAAAAAAAAAAGUGAUGAUGAUGAUGCAUUUGAUCUCGAUGAUUUAUUACCAAUUGUCGGAGAAUUCGGUCACUAUCAGAAGAAAUUACUUUGGUUGGUUUGUUUACCGGCAUGUCUGCCAUGCGGUUUUUGUGCCUUUAAUCAGCUCUUUAUGGCAUCGACACCCCCUCAUUGGUGCCGUGUCCCGGGUCUUGAUGCUCUGGACCCUUCACGUCGACGGAGACUCGCGAUACCGGCUACUCAUCAGGACGCCAAUGAGACAGUGUACAGUCAGUGCACGAGGUAUGAUGUCAAUUGGUCGGACCCUAUCGUCGACUUUAUGUAUAUCGAUGGCAACAUGACCAACACUUCGUGGCCAAUUGUACCUUGUGAUCAUGGAUGGGAGUACGAUAUGUCUGAAAUAGUAUCAUCUAUUGUCAUUGAUUUUGACUUGGUCUGCGACAAAGACAUUUAUCCAACACUUGGACUGGUGGCUCUGAAUACGGGUGGUCCUAUUGGAGUUUAUCUCUUCGGUACCUUAAAUGACAGAAUCGGAAGAAGACUAUCAUUUUUUUCAUGUUUGGCUACACUUAUUACUGGAGGUAUUCUUACAUCAGUAUCCAAUAGUUUUUGGACAUGGGCUGCGUGUCGAGUUGUUGUGGGACUUACGAUACCAGCAAUAUAUCAAAUACCUUUUAUUAUCUCUUUAGAACUUGUCGGUCCUAAUUACCGAUCAUUCGUCACAGUAAUGACGUGUUCAUUUUAUACAAUGGGACUGUGUAUGUUAGCUGGUGUAACUUAUUUGAUACCACAAUGGAGACUAUUAGCACUUAUUACCAGUACACCUUUCCUCGCUUACUUUUUUUACUGGUGGUUUUUACCUGAAUCACCCCGAUGGCUUUUAGCCAAAGGACGAUUGAGUGAAGCGAGUGAAAUUCUGCAGACUCUAGCAAAAGUUAACGGUAAAGAGUUGCCAGAAUCGUUCACCCAAAAAUUGAAACAACGAAUGACCAUGUCGAGAACUAAAAGUGAAGAAGAAAGAUUACGAAGUGGACCUGGUGUUUUGUCGUUAUUUAAAACACCAAAUAUGCGUUUGAAAACUUGUUUAAUUACUCUUAAUUGGUUUGCUAAUAAUAUGGUCUAUGUAGGAUUGUCUUAUUAUGGUCCAGCUCUUGGUAAUGAAGAGCAUUUGAGUUUUUUCUUUUCGUCAUUAGCAGAGAUACCAAGUUACCUUGCGUGUUGGGUCGCGAUGGAUCGAUGGGGUCGAAGGUGGCCAUUGUGUCUUUGCAUGGUCACUGCUGGAUUGUCUUGUGUUGCAACUGUACUUUUACCAUCUGAUGCUGUAAUUACUACAUUAAUUUUAUUUCUACUAUCAAAAUCAGCCAUAUCUGCAUCUUUCUUAAUAAUAUAUCCAUUCGCUGGUGAAUUAUAUCCAACACAAUUGCGAGGUGUUGCUAUCGGAUUUUCAGCGUACAUCAGUGGAUUGGGAUUAAUUAUAAUCCCAUUUAUUACAUACUUGGGCAGAGAUAAUUUAGUAUUACCUCUUGUAAUACUUGGGGCAGUUUCCGUAAUCGGAGGAUUGUCUGGAUUACGGUUACCAGAAACGCUACAUCAUCGACUGCCACAGACUGUAGAGGAGGGAGAGCUCUUCGGAAAGGAUUGGAAAUGUGCUGACUGUCUUCACUGUGUGCCCAUCAAACCACCUUCAGCGACGACGUCAUACGAAGAUCUCUCAGUUGGUGAGACAGUUGAAAUGCAACCAGUGACAGAUACAUCUGCGGUUGAAUUAGAUCAACAACAAGUACAAUUAACUAGAGGAUCCAGUACGUCGACCCGUCGACUGAUGCGUCAGUCUAGUGUAAUGGACACCCAGAGAGACUCUGACGGUUCCAUUAAAAUGACAUACUGGUUUUAAUGUUGAUAAGCCAAAAAAUAAACAUUCACGAGAAAUGGAAAUUU